AUGAACGAUUGUUCUGCAAUUCCUUUCCAUCUUGCGGACGAGCUCUGGCUCAUGAUCAUCGACCGUGUGAGCGCAUUAGACUGGAAGCAACUCCGACGAACGUGCAGACGCUUAAAACAGCUGACUACUCCUCUGCUCUUCCAGAGAGUGUACUUCAAGCUUUGUGGACGAGGUUGCGAUUCCCUACAUAAUAUCUCCUGCAACCGAUCACUAUCCGCGUGUAUCCAAACUCUGGUGCUCCGGAGGGUCCGUGGCUAUAGGGAAUUCCCCGACUUCAACACUUGGGCUGCGAGCACACAUCAACCAGGCGAUCCUGGUAACGAGCUGGCUCUUCCGAAUGAUACAAGCCACUACAACAAUAAGCAGAUCAGCGACGGUCUGCUACCGUAUACAGAAUGGGUCGCACUGUCAAAGAAUGAGAAGGAGGCGUUUUAUCGGGAGUACGAGGUGGACCGCAAGCAGGCGCAGAAGGAGGUUCGGGAUAUAACGAAUACACUGCGCUUUUGGACGCCAAGUGCUACGGAGUGGGCGCUGGUUCACCCCCACAGGGCUUUUGGCUCUACUGCGGCAGACGCUGCUGUGGAGCAGUUUUGUAAGGCGCUUGAGACACUCCCAAACCUGAAAGCUCUUGAGCACGAACCAGGGUUUCUUUAUGACGACGACUGGGCUUGCCAAUGGCGAAAUCUGUACUUCCAUCCCUCGUCAGUGAUUUGCGACACUGACUAUAGGGAAGAUGAAGAUGUUGAAGCGCUUCAAUUGUCCGUUGUUCUCCAUUCGCUUGCAUGGGCUAGACGAGGAGAUCGCGGGCUCAAAAAGCUGAGUAUGUACGUUGGUGGGCCAGCAUUCGCCACCCCAGAGCGCUUACACCUUCUCUGGGAUGGCAACGGACACGAGAUAACGCGAAUGUGUCGAUCCCUCUAUCCCAAUGCGGCGGUCGCAGACAAGGAGGCCUACUCUAAUGAAGUAGCUUAUGGGCAGAGUCAGCUUUUCUAUAGGCAAUUGAGCCUUAUGCGGUACGCCUUAGCUGGUCUCACACACUUCGACUACGUAGUGUCUGAUGAGGACGACCUGGUCGGCAGCCUGGAAAUUGCUGCCAAACUUGUCUUUGGCUUUCUUACGGCAAUGAAAGGCCUUGAAAGGUUACGCUUAGUCUUUGGAAGGCUUGUCGACGGCAUCCUCUUGCCACUGUCACAAUACACCGAGAGGCAUUGCGCGCGGGACUCCAUUCAGCUACUUGACCAGCUUACUCGCCACUCGCCUUGGAAUAGAAUUCGUGACAUCGAACUCGAAAUUGCCACGGAUAGGACUUCGCUGGUGAAGUUUUUACUUGCUCACAAGGACACAUUACGCUCCCUUACCUUCACCCGCAUGUCACUCGUGCGACUGGGAGACCCUUUGAAUACCUGGGAAAUAACUCUUGCUGAAAUUGCACAAGGGCUUUCUCUUAGUUCGCUUACUCUUUCAAAACUCUGCGACUUCCCACAAGAAUGGAGAAGAGGCGUUCGGGAACGUAUGCUGUUUGACUCAGAGGCUGCCAUUUGGCAAGGAAGGAUAAGCGAGUACCACGCGUACCACGACGCAGCAGUUGGGCGCAUACUUCGUCGAGAAGGAGGACAUUCUCUAGACCCUAAAGCCUCCAAGGACCAGAUGGCUGAGGAGGUCAUGGUGAGACAAUAG